GGGAAAAGAGGGAAAGGAAAGAGAGAAAGUAAAGUCAGGCGUAGGAGAGAAAAGAUAUAUGGAGAGGGAGAGAAGGAAAGGAAAAGUGCGAGAGAAAAGAGAGAAGAAAGGGAAGGAUGCUCGAUCAUCGCCGGAAACCGCCGGACUGGGUCCCACACCGGAGGUAGAACGCCGUCGCUACUGCUGUAGGAGUAACUAGCGCCGGAGGAGGAAAAAUGCCGGGGUGAUUGCUAGGCUACGUAUCCUAGUCUCCGUCUGGUCCCCAGAUUAUCAACCGGCCAUCCCUUCCAUCGUGAAGGAGUUAAAAUGUGGUUGCGGUGAAGAUCGAAAUAACAACUUGAAUAAAAGUGACAUGAAUCGAGGAAUAGAUGAUCAUAUUGAAGUUGCUUUCGAGAGCUUCCGCUAGAACACAUAGACUAAAGUUUAUUGAGUAAUUUAUUUUAGUCUUAAUUUUAAGGAAUUGUAGUUGAACAAUUAAUUAUGGAAAAUUUUAAUUGUUGGUGGUGGAUAGCCUGUGCACUCGGUUGUGUGAGAACCGAGUGUGGCGGUAACGCCCCUUAUUUUCAUUUAAAUUUCCGCUGCACAAUUCUGAUGUUUUCAAAUAAAGUUUAAAUUCCUUUGAAUAAAUCAUUAUUUAAAGGUAUUUUGGGUGGGAAAUUUGGGGGUGUUACAAGAAUCAUCAGAAGACCCCCUACGAGCUGUGGAAAGGAAGAAAGCCAAACAUCAGCUACUUCCAUGUGUUUGGAUGCAAGUGCUAUAUUCUAAACAAUGGAAAGGAGAACCUGAAAGUAUUUCAAGAAAAAGCUGAUGAAGGUGUAUUCUUAGGCUACUCAAGUUCAAGCAAAGCCUAUAGAAUACUUAACAGGAGAUCUCUACAAGUUGAAGAAUCAAUUCAUGUCAAGUUUGAUGAUAGCACCUCUGCUGAAGAAAUUUCAGAAACCCUGCAGAAAAUCAAUCUUGAAGAUAAAGUUUCAGAACUAUUAGAAGAGGUCACUAUCAAUCCAGUACUCUCAACUCCUAUUACUAAUCCAGUUCUGAUAGACAAAGAUGAAGAUGAAGAUGAAGAAUCAGAAGAUGAACCAUCAGAGUUGCCUAGACAGCAACUAUCAGAACCUGAUCUAACUUGGUUAAGAGACCACCCUCCUAAUCAAGUGAUUGGUCAAGUUACCAGUGGAGUAAGGACCAGAUCAGCAUCUAGAAGAGAAGCCAUGUUCACCUGUUGUAUUUCCCAGAUGGAACCAUUGUGUGUGGAAGAAGCUCUAGAAGAUUCAGAUUGGAUCAAUGCAAUGCAGGAAGAGCUAACACAGUUUGAAAGGAAUGAAGUGUGGAAACUUGUUCCUAGACCAAAGCAUCAGAAUGUCAUUGGAACCAAAUGGGUAUUCAAGAACAAAGCUGAUGAAGAAGGCAACAUUGUAAGGAAUAAAGAAAGGCUUGUAGCAAAGGGAUAUUGUCAAGAAGAAGGCAUAGAUUUUGAUGAGACCUUUGCACCUGUUGCAAGACUGGAAGCAAUCAGAAUAUUCCUAGCCUAUGCUGCUUACAACGACAUCAAAGUAUACCAGAUGGAUGUCAAGAGUGCAUUUCUGAAUGGAGAACUUGAAGAGGAAGUUUAUGUUGAACAACCUCCAGGUUUUGUCAUUCCUACUCAAUCUUCUUGUGUCUACAAUCUCAGAAAGGCCCUCUAUGGUCUUAAGCAAGCUCCCAGAGCUUGGUAUGACACAUUGUCCCUAUUCUUAGUGAACCAUGGGUUUACUAAAGG